AUGGCUGACGAUGAGGAUCGCGCGCAAAAGCAACGGGAUGGAAUUGACAGAGACGCCGCUAAGUUAUGGAGAUGCUACAGAACUGUACACGAAAUGGUCCAAGAUCGCGGUUAUCUUCUAGCUGAAGAAGAAGUCAACAUGAGCUUUGACACAUUCAAGGCCAAGUUCACAAGUAACGAUGGAAGUGUUGAUCGUCGCCAAAUGAACUUUUCCGCAACUCCCAGUGAAGCUAUGAUUGCUAAAUACGCAAACGCACCCACCCCCGAGAAUCCAAACCCAACUACCUCAGAAAUUGGCAGUAUCUGGAUUGAAUUCCUCAUGGUAUCUGAUGUAUCCAUUGGAAUCAAACAAAUGCGUACAUUCGCCCAGCAUCUUUCUACAAAUUCUUUCUCUGCCGGAAUUCUCAUCGCACCUGUUGCGCCAUCAGGUCCCGCUGCAAAGAUUAUUCCCGCCGUCGCAUCCUCUACCAGAAUUGAAACUUUCGUCGAGCAGGAUUUAUUGGUCAAUAUUACGCAUCAUGAAUUGGUCCCCAAACAUGUAUUGUUGAGUAAGGAAGAGAGGGCCAAGCUGUUGUCAAGAUAUAGAUUGAAGGAUACUCAACUUCCGCGUAUCCAGGCUGCGGAUCCAGUUGCGAAAUACUUGGGAUUGCGAAGAGGGCAGGUGGUCAAGAUCAUCAGAAAGUCAGAAACGGCUGGUCGUUAUGCGAGUUACAGAUUGUGCGUGUAA